AACUCUCCAAUUUUUCUUUGUAAGAAAGUGCGGUUGCAUAAACAAUUGCAAAAAUUAACCGCAUGAACGCUAAGUUAGUGCUAAGCAAGUGUUUACAUUGUGUAAGUUAUUUGCAUUGCAAAUUGCAAUUCAUUUGCGGCACGGUGUGCAAGGCUUUAACAAUUUGUACUUAUACGUUUUGGUUGAUACAGGUAACUAUAAGUUAUACUUAGUUAUUGUCAAUUUGUAUUCGCAUACGUGUGACGUGUGUGUAUAACUCUAUUUAGAUAAAUUAUCUAAUUAAGUUGUUGAAUAUUGUUUAAGGGGUUAGCAAGUCUCCAUUACAAAAUGGCGGACGAUGAUGUUAAGAGACUGCGAGCGGCCAGGGGGCAAUUAAAAGCUGCUUUAACAAGGAUGAUGGCGUUUAAAGCGGCAGCUGAAUCGGCUUCUUCUAGCGUAGAUGCGGACCCUUUGCUUUAUCAGCAAAAGAAGGAUAGGUUGGAGAAGAUCUUUGAGGAGUAUAAGGAGCUCAACCUCGAAAUCCUGUUACUGGAUCCAGCUGAUCAAGAGCGGGUAGAAGAUUUCGAAGACAAGUACGAUGUACUGCGCUCCUUUUAUGCGGGCAUAAUCAAUGCAGCGUUGGGCGAGGCUGCGCCGCUCAUGUCACCGCAGCGAUCUUUCGCGUCCCCCGGGGGAUGUAACGCGUCGCCAUUCAGGCUGCCACCUAUUAAUUUGAAGGUGUUUACUGGUGAGAGCAACGAGCUGCUGCCUUGGAGUCGCUGGGAGAGCGCACGCCCACUGGGCGACGCUCUAGUUUAAUAAGCUCAGCAACAAGUAAUGUUAAAGUGGUUAAGCCGUUGAAGUCUAAAUGUAAGUACUGUCAAUCUAAUGUUCACAAGCUGCAUCAGUGCUCAACUUUCAGAUUAAUGGAGCCUCAUAAGAAAAAACAAUUUGUUGUGUCUAAUAAAUUGUGUAGCAUUUGUUUAAAUGAACAUGUUGGUCAAAGAUGCAUCUAUUCUUUCAAGUGUGCCAUUUGCAAGGGCAAGCAUAAUACUCUAUUGCAUGAGGAAGUUCCACAGCAGUGUGCGGCAGUCUCACAGAUUGAUGAAACUGAGAA